AUGAUGUUCUCUACCGCUCCAAAGGCUCACGCGAAUGGAAGAAAUGAAGUACAAAUCAAGGCCGGACGCGCAAAGUUGACACCGGGACCAAAAGAAGGCUUCUGGAAAGUUGAGCCUGAGGUAGUACGAGGUCUCUUGAAGGUUCGGAAGACGGACGAUGGUUACGCGCAUUUGCAAUGGAAGAAUCUGUCUAGUAACGUCAUUGAGGAUGACUUGAUUCUGCUCACCGGUGAUGCCAUUUUCAUGAACGUGACUGAGUGCACCGACGGCAAAGUUUACAUGGUGAAGUUCCGCUCGACUCAAGAGCGACGUGUAUUCUGGAUUCAAGAUGGAACCCCAAACAGUGAUAAGGAUUUGGUUAAAAAGGUGAAUGCUUUGAUCAGCAAUGACACCAGCGACUUGUUCUCCUCAAUUCAACGUUCACAGCGUGCCGGUGCCAGCGGAUCACCACCACGCACGCCGGUUGCCUUGGACUCUCUUUGGACGCCGCAAAACCCAACAGAUCGAAGUCGUCGCGUCUUAGGGUUGGACCGGUACAACGCUGAGGAUCUUCGCCAAAUGCUUGCACAAAUAACGUCUCGUCACAAUCCAUUCGAAAAUCUUCUUGGCUUGAGUGAAGACUUGUCUAACGGUUCAGCACAAAACCGCGCUCAAAAUCCACUCAAAUCGGAAAAUUCUGAAACUUCGACAAGCGGUCAUGAUGUUUGCGAUUUCAACGAAGUGUUUAAGGAUCCGAAAGUGCUCGAAGCAAUCAAGAAAAAUAAAGAUCGUUUCAUGGACAAGACUAUCGAGUAUCAAGAAGGGUCCGACCAAAAAGUCUUGCUUACGGAAGAAGUAGAGACUACGACUCGCCGUCCGGAAUUCCAGAAUGCCGUUCGUUCCAUCACUUACGCUAUCAACUCCGGGCAAAUUGGAUCCGUGCUGCAGCAAUUUGGUCUUCCUGAAAACGUUGUGAAUGCUUCAAAUUCUGGAGAUGCCCUUGAGCUUGCCAAUGCUCUCACCGCAGCUGAAUUGGGAUAUGCUGAUCGAGAAAUCAAACAAGAAAGCCGCACUGAUGGAGCUAACAGCAAUGAUCACAUGGAAACUGAA